AUGGAAACCAAAUUUCACAUUCGGUCAAACAGUUUGCCAAAUGGAUCUCAUCCAAGCUACACAAAGGUUCAAGAGGAGCUCAACAAGCUCAGGACUUAUGAAGCAACAUCUGCUUCAACAUCUGAGUCAAUUAGCACUGGAUUGUCCUUGCUUCAAGACUUAUAUGUUUCCUUGGAUGAUCUUCUCAAUGCUGCUUCAACUCAAAAGGUUAUCUCCCAUCAUCAAGGUGACAAAUGCUUUGAAGAGAUCUUGGAUGGCUCAAUCAAAGUCUUGGAUAUAUGUGGAAUCACAAGGGACACAGUUAUGCAGAUCAAGGAAAAUGUACAAUCCCUUCAUUCUGCUCUCAGAAGGAGAAAGGCAGAUUCAACUAUUGGAUCAAGCAUAGCCGAAUACAAUUUGUUGACAAAGGAGAUUAAGAAGAAUGUCAAGAAGUUGAACACAUCUUUGAAGCAGAGCCAAUUUGGAGCAUUCCCAUUGUUGACUGAAGGUCAAGAUGCUGCUAAUGUGAUUAGUGUUUUAAGAGAAGUCAUUGAAAUGAACAUGUCUGUCUUCCAAUCCCUACUUUCAUUCUUGGCUGGUCCUCUUUCAAAGUCAAAGGCAGCUAAAUGGAUGAACAAAUGGAUGCAUAAGGAAGAAGUGAACUCACAAAAUUCCAAUGAGUUGCAGUGUGUUGAUGCUGCUUUAAGAACCAUGCUAAAUGAAGGUUCCAACAUGAAGAUAGCACAUGAAAGAUUGGAGGCUUUGGAGAAUGCCAUCACAAGCCUUGAGAAUGAUUUGGAGAACCUAUUUAGGCAUUUGAUCAAAACAAGAGUCUCUCUUUUGAACAUCAUGGCUCAAUAG